AUGGGUCUUUUGGAGAGGUUUCUUCCUAAAGAUGACCGCUUCGCGGCAUUGUUGCUGUACGGCAUGGUCUUUUCGACCUGUUUUAACGGAUACGAUGCUGGCAUCAUGACAGUCAUCUUGGCCGAUGAACAGUUCAUCCACUACUACGGUAUUAAUGCCGCCAAGUCCGGUCUGGUAGCUGUGAUCCCAUGGGCGAUGACCGGCGUGGCCCAAAUCUACCUAGGUGGUACACUCGCUAGCUGGCUGGGACGUCUGUGGGCUUUGCGGAUCUCCAUUUGCAUUAUGAUCAUUGGAGUAAUAGUUGAAGUCGUUCCAAACAGCUUUGGUGUUUUAAUCUUGGGCCGACUCCUAACCGGUCUGGGAUUCGGUUGCGUCUACAUCGCAACCAAUCUAUACGUGGCCGAGUGUGCGCCCACAAAGCUUCGAGGCAGUUUUGUCGGUACUGUGUCACAGUUUGGCUAUCAGUUGGGCACUCUUAUAGCCUUUUGGGCUGGCUACGGAAUGUCCUUCCACAAGUCCCCCUAUAACAUCGCGUGGCGUGUCUCCAAUAUAAUCCAGAUCCCGAUCGGCAUCACCUUCAUCUGCGUCUCGUUCUUGUACCCCGAGAGCCCCCGGCAUUUGCUAGAAAAGUACCCCGAGACGCCCGAGCUCGCUUUGAAGGGUUUGAGUCGGCUGAGAUCAGGAUCCCCGACGGAUGAGCGCAUCCGUACCGAAUUCCACGAGUUGGUUGCCUCACAUGACUUCCGUCGCCGAUAUGAUCCGGGAUAUAUUGGGCUUCUCAAAGACAAGAGUAUGCGGAAGCGUCUUGCCUACGGAUUCUAUGUCGCCGGUCUUCAGCAGUGUGGCGGUAUCGCGUCGCUCACCAUGUAUGCUACGCUUAUUUAUGAAAGUCUCGGAUGGGACGCUGGUUCGCAAGCACUGGCUAUCAAUGGCAUCCAAUCCGUCCUACAGCUGCUCAUUGUGCUGGUCAACACCUUCACCGUAGAUCGGUUUGGUCGACGAGGUCUUCUGUUGACCGGCUUCUCGAUCCAGACACUGGCGCUGUUGGUCAUGGCUUCUCUCUGCACCGCCUUUCCUUCCAAUGGGAACAGAGCGGCUGCUAUCGUGGAGGUGGCCAUGCUAUUCAUUGUCGGCUUGACAUACUGCUGGUCCAAUGGUCCCAUCCCACCUGCAAUUGUCUCGGAGAUUUUUCCCCAGCAUGUUCGAGACAAGGGCUUUGGACUGUCGAUGCUCGGCCAAACCUGCUGGCUCAUCUUGCUGACGGAGUCUUGGCCAUCGUUCAAUGCUGAAGUUGGGGGCAAGAGCUAUUGGCUCCUGUUUGGCCUCAAUAUGAUUGCCGGGCUAUCUGUCUACUUGAUUCUCCCGGAAACGAAGGGCAUUUCUCUCGAGCGGAUGGAGAAGAUCUUUGGAGGCGUGGAUUAUGUCGAAGCAGGCGAGAUUGAGGGCUCAGAGAAGCGCGAAGUCCGGGCAUCAGUGACCGAUGAUGAAGAGAAAGCGCCAACGAGCCACGUGGAGGAUACUCCCACUGUCUUGAGGUUAUAA